AGCAAAAAUAGAACCAUUUCAUAUUUAAAAUCGUUCGAUCACCAAUUGAAGCAUAACAAACGAAUCUUUUGGAGCAAACACUUAUCUGAAAAUGGUUGCAUUAGUAAUCUUACGUCUAAAUCGUGAGCAAGAUAGUACUGAUGUCCACCGCCACAAAAUACGCAGGUUAAUUGCGGUGACCUCAAUUUACGCAACACAGGCUCGACAACGACUGUCGUUAACUCACAACGACCUAAUGCAACGAACAGCGAGACCUGCCAAGGUUUAGGUCAAACAGCCCGAAACACCAAUAUCGGUUUGAAACGUGACCGUAAGUGUGAAUGUGUGUGUAUUAAUGUGUGUGUGCAUUUCCUGAUCUAAUGAUGAACCAAAAUACGGACAGCCGGCCCCGUACCUCACGUCAAACCGGACAGGCGCAAACUGUACGGGGCUUGCGUGAGGCGCUGACAUAAAUCGGCAACGGACGCACCGACGAUAUAGAACAGCACUUGGUCCGUACUACAGUGCCCGCUAGCUAGUGGUGCUUCAUGCCCUAUAGUUGUCAGUCAAACGUCCGCAAUCCCUGCCCGAGUUGUGCUGGGUGUUGCAAACGAUUCACGAUGUAAUUAUAGCUUUCCGUCCCGUGCCGGCGACCGUUUACUGCUUAAUAGGCGUUUUUGGUGCUGUGGCCGUUUCGGGGUGCUGCGGUUUGAUGCGAAGAUUGCACCCAGCCCUAGGCAAGUUGCUAAGCUCCGCCGUUCUACGCAAUCUCUUCACAGUGUGCACAGAACUGACCUUUCUAACGAUGUGUCCAUUAAUAUCGUUCAAACGUUGGCAGUUGGACGUGGAAGCACCAAAAAAUCUUCCCAAAAAAACAGCCGCACGAAGCCAACGGAGACAUUUGGCGAACGGAUGGUUCGUUGAACCGAGUGUGGCUCUCCCUCAAUGGGGGACUAGAUGUGUGUUUUGCAAGAGCAGAAGAAAAAGAAUGAUGGGAAGCUAUAAUACCUUUUGAUAAAUCACACUGACCCACCGUUUCAAGGACGCUUCGUUAUCGAACUCGUACCAAUACCGGUGGGGGCUCAUUUGCAUCGACUCCAAUUUCGGCGAAGAUGACAAACUCUCUCCCGAAAAAAACACGAAAGAAAACAGGCAAGCUUUGUCUACGCCCGCAUUUGUUGGUCACACAUGCGAAUACACGCUAUCAAAGAUGCGAAUGUAAAAGAUCAAACAUCUCAUGUUUUGAAUCGCUCUAACUCGUUUGAGAAGAAAAAAAAAAAAAAGCACACACACACACAUACGAACGGGCGAAUAGAUAACGAGAUGCAUACUGGUGCACUUUUUGUUUGUUCGCGUGUGUGUUGGUCUAAGCUGACUUGCCAAAUACUUUCGCUGUCGCCCCUCUGCAGGCAAUGCUUUGAAUAUAAAAGAGUCCUCGGGAGGAUUGGUUGUCAUCAGUCAGCUGUUUGCAAGUUUACAGUUCAAACGAUCUCACCUCACCGGGGACAUUCAGCCGAAAGCCGUUCCACAGACAGUCACACAAGAUGUAUUCGAAAGCGAUCGUUCUUGCCGGGUUCGUUCUCUGCCUUGUCGCAGCGGCACCGCCGAGGAAAGCGGUCCGUGCAUCGCCCGGCGGUGGCCCAGACAGUGAAGCCAUCGUGAUCCAGCAGGACCAGAUCAUCAACGACGACGGUUCGUACAACUACGUGUUUGAAACGAGCAACGGUAUUCGGGCGCAGGCGAGCAGCUCGGACGGUAUCCGUACAUCCGGGGACUUCUCUUACCCCGCUCCGGACGGUUCCAACAUUGCGCUUGUCUACGUGGCCGAUGACUACGGUUUCCAGCCGCAGGGAGCUCAUCUGCCCGUGGAACCCCCAGCACCGGAGCACGUCAUCAAGCAGCUCGAGGACAUCCGUGCCAACCCGCCGAACGAUCCGGACUUUGAUGCUGCCUUCCUGGAUUCGGAAAUUGCCAGACUGCGGGCGACCCAGGGCUGAGCAGUAGCUCCAACAGGAACGCAUUAGUUAGUUAGCGAAAUCAACAUACUGUCGAAGUAGUGAAAUUUUAAACAUUUUAAUAAAAAAGUGAUUGUGUCAAAGUACAAAAUUGCAACACGAUGCUCUUUCUGCUAUAAUUAAACAUCGCCGAAGCUCACUAGCACCGACAUCCAGAUAAUAUCCCAAAGGGCCAACGGGAUUUCCCUUUAAAAAUCCCAUCCCACGAAUUCCAGGAACAUUCACCACCCGCUCGUGCACUCGAAUGUCACAGUGGCAUUAAUCAACGCUAACCACCGUACUACCUGUAUCCUGUGUGUCUGCUAAAUGUGUGCCGCACCUUUCGACCAACCACCAACACCAACCGACAGGCAUCAUGGUUUGAAAUUGGAAAGCUAUCUUGAUCCCGGGACCGCCAUCCCCGCCAUUCGCCGGAAAUCCGAAUCAUUCUCUCGUGUCCAUACCACCAACUGGUGACCCCGUGGUGCCAGCGGGCUCAGCCCUAGGUUUAGCGCAGCCCUUCGGACAGUAUCCACACCGAAAACAAGGGGAUAUUGAAACAGGAUAUUCACAUUACCCCAGGAUGUGUGUAGUGGCCCCGGAUGGUGCCGUAACCCGUACUGUAGACGAGAGCUCCGAUUGGGUCGGUCUGUUCUGAUGCUGGCGUACUGUCGAUUGGGUCACAGUAACACAACUGGAGCACGUGUGUGUGUGUGUGUGUGGAUGUCACUUGUGUAUGGCGAGCAAUCUGGAGGGAAAUCUGGCUAGAGAUAAUCGAUUGUGGAGGAUGAAGGGAUUCCAUCUAUUUUUGGAAACCCGAGGUUAAUUUCUGUUCCACAAAAGGGAAGCGAUGUUUUCUGCUAUUCUGCUAUUGCUGGUCUUGAUGGUACUAAUCAAUAUGAGAGAUAGAUCUGUUGAAGUAGUUGUAGACUUGAUGCAUUAGGAGUUAUAUUGGACAGUUUGAAAGUGUAUCAACAGCUAGAAGAUUGUGCAUAUCUUCUUUAUUAUGAAAUAUAUAAGCAAGAAUAUUCAUUUAAAUGAGCUGUUUAGACAUUGAAAUAGAGCAUAAUUUUAUGGCAAAGUUCACUAUGAAGAGACUUUACUUGACUCAAAUUGAGACGGAAAUGAAAUAGAAUACAAAUUUAGAAGGUUUGAAGGGAUUUUAUUCAAUAUUAUGCUGCGGCUGAGGCCGUUUAUUUGAGUUCUAGGAAUCCAAAAAUAUUC